AUGGCAGACGACGAUGAUGACAACGAUAACGGUGGUGGCGAAGAGGAAGAGGAGGAGGAUCAAGAGGAGGAGGAAGAAGACGAAGCCGAAGUAGAACUUGGGAGCAAGGACACACACUCAGAGGAAGAGGGAGACGAGGAGGACGCAGGAAGCAACGGUGGUGAUGACGACAAUAACGAAGACGCAGACGAUGGAGAGGAAGGGGACGAAAACAAUGGAGAAAAUGAAGGCGGGGAUGAAGAAGAUGAAUCCGAUGAAGAGGAAGAUAGUGACGAUGAUGAUGACAAUGGGCUUGGGACAGCUGCUCUCUUGGGUCCAGAAAUCAUCGACGAAGAGGAUGCAGCCGAAGAUUUUAUUCCCCCGGCGGACGCUGAUGAUUCCGACCAGGAGAUUUCAGACGAAGAGGGUGAUGAAGACGGUGAUGAAGAAGACGACGACGAUGAAGAGGGGGAUGGUUCGGUCGAUGGAAAACCACCUUCGAAGAAGCCAAAAAUUCAAUAG